AUGGCGGAUCUUGAGAAUUUGAUGGAGUACAGUGAAAUCAUUAGCAAGAUGUUCGCUGACGAAGAUGAAGGACAUCAGUUUUAUAAUGCAUACGCUCUUGGCAAAGGGUUUAGUGUGAGGAAAAGCUAUGUUGAGUGGAACAGGGACCACACUGAGAUCACCCUUCGGCGGUAUGUUUGCAGUCAUCAAGGUUACCAUGAAGAGAAGUAUGUGAAGAAGGAGAUUAAGAAGCGGAGGCCAUGGGAUAUAACUCGUGUUGGAUGCCGUACAAAAUUGGUGAUUGCACUAGAUCGAAACAGCGGGCAGUGGUAUGUGAAGAAUUUCAUCGAUGAACAUAACCAUCCGCUGGCUCCAGCCGAUCUUGGUUAUCUGCUGCGUUCACAUCGAUCAAUCAGCGAUGCACAGAAGGCUGAAAUUGUUGAGUUGGGGGUUGCUGGGAUCCGCAAACACCAUAUAUUUGAAAUUAUGGAGAUGCAGUACGGUAGGUAUGACAAGAUUGGCUAUACAUCAAGGGACUUGUAUAAUUUCUGCCAUCUCUAUAAGCAGGAGAUAAUUGCUGCUGGUGAUGCUCAAACAAUAAUCAGUCACCUGAUGGAACGUCAAAAUAGAGAUUCUGAUUUCUUUUUCAAGUACAUGACUAAUGGGGAAGGACACCUGGAGGGACUGUUCUGGUGUGAUACUCAAUGUCUGCUAGAUUAUGAAGCAUUUGGUGAUGUUGUAUUUGAUAGCACCUACAAAACAAAUUGGUACAACCUGCCCCUUGUUCCUUUUGUUGGAGUAAAUCACCAUUACCGCACAGUUAUUUUCGGAUGUGGAAUUAUUUCUCACGAGAAUAUCGAGUCAUAUGUGUGGCUGCUGAAAAUAUUUACUGAAACUAAUGUUCAGAAGCAUCCUAUUUCUGUGAUCACUGAUGGAGACCUCGCUAUGCAGAGAGCAAUUAGUGUGGUGUGGCCGAAUUCACCGCAUAGAUUUUGCGGAUGGCAUAUUGAGCAGAACCUUGUGCGCAAUAUUCACGAUGAUACAGUGAAGGCUGAGUUCAGGAUUUUUAUGUAUGACCUUUGCUCCAUAGAAGAGAUUGAGAGGAAAUGGCAAGCAUUUUUUGAAAAGUAUGAUAUCACAGAGGACUCGUGGCUAUAUCAGAUGUAUGAGGUGAGAGCAACCUGGUGUGCUGUGUACCAUGCUGGUAAUUGUUAUUUAGGAUUGAGGAGCAACCAACGGAGUGAGAGCAUGAACUCUAGGCUACAGAUGAAACUGGAUGGUAAAAUUACCUUGUUAGAAAUGGUACAGCACUAUGAGAGUUGCCUUACAAAGGUGCGCAGAAUUGAGGUGGAUGACGACGCUAAUGCACUGCAAUCUGAGCCAUUCACAGAUCCAGAUGCUUCAAUUCUCGAAGUAAAUGCGAAGAAAAGGUUCACGCCAAACGUUUUUAAGACGAAGGUUCAGUUCAACAUGGAAGCAGCCAAGAAGUGUUCUCUGGUUGAGAUUCUAGAUGGCGAUGAUACAACUGAGUAUAUUGUAGGAAGGAGCGAUAGAGACAUGAUGUACUAUGUGAAAUGUGAAUUAACUGAAGAGGCCAAUCUGAAGGAGAUUUCUUGUUCUUGUCAACUUGGUAUAUCAGUAGGAUCCAUCUUGUUCGUGCACCUCGUUAGUGAUAGCAAUGGAGAUUAG